AUGUGGCCAGCUGAAGAAGGUCUGUAUCUGGCGCAGGCGAACCUCUCUCCCUACAGUGGGGACACCGUGCAUCAGUCACCGCUGGUGCUCGCAGUAGUAUGGAUCGCCAGUAUGCUUAGAGGUGAGGCUGGCGUCGCUGUUCUGUGCAUCGCCCUCGACUGUUUGCUUGCCUAUGGCCUUGUAUACACCUGGCGCUUGCAUGCGCAAUGGCUUACUUUGAAAGAUGAUGACGCUAAUAGGAAAGCCCCACCGGUGAUAAAAUCAGUGGACUCGUAUAGUGCCCAUCUGCCGACGUUGGUGGCCGUGUUGUAUCUGUUGAGUCCGUAUACGGUUUUGACCUGCGUAUCGCUCUCGAGUGCACCAGUCCUCUACCUGGCUGUACUGGCUAGCUUUGCCUUUGCGCUUAGAGCUUCCUACAACCUGAGUACGCUGAUUUUGGCCCUGGCCACAUGUGUGUCUCACUAUUCGAUUGUGUUGCUGCCAGCCAUCACGCUGAUUCUCAUCUCCGAACAGUCAAGCAAACUGGGGGGUGGGCGUCAGAGGCAACCGGCCGUAGUCCCCGUUGUCUUGUACGCGUGUUGGCUGUUCGCGCUCCUAUACAUCUCAUCGCUUCUGAGCCAAUCCUGGGACUUCGUCCCUGCCAGCUUCUACUUCAC